CCACUUAUCUUGGCUGUUCGCUGGGUGUGUUAAGGGGUGCUUGGCUCUCAGCGGUGGAGUGUGUUGUUCGACCUCCAGUAACGUGUUAGACUUGCUUGCCUUCCUCUUUCUGAAGACCCGAGAUCGGCCGUCAGGUUUGGGAGAUUUGAAAAGCAAGACUGGGUUCUUGCCUGUUUUCAGGUUCUGCCUGCGGGGAACUUUCGGGGAAGCGUGGAAAGGAAGGGAAGGGCGUCCGCCUCCCGACUGACCCCUGCUCCCUGUGCAUGGCUGCCGGGUCUCGCCAUACGCUGCUAUAUGGAAUCAUUCGCUCGUCACUUCUGGCCGAAGCUUUCUUUGCUAAUAGAAGUGGUAAUGGAUGCACUGAGAGGAGGGGGAAAGUCUUAAAAGGUCUUUCCCGUAUUCAAUUUUCCCAAAGGCCCCAAAGACUUUGCAAAUUUAUCUAAUUUGCAGAUAGGUGCACUUGAAUGUUCAGCAGACAGGGGCUUAAAUAUUAAAGAGAACGUGAACUCCUAGCAUUUUAAGGGAUUUGUAUGUAUUCCAAAACUGACUUUUGACCACCAUCCAACACCUGCAGCGUUUGAUUCGUGAGCGUUUCGCCAUCCUGCGGCUAUAACAUGUUCUGCUGGCUAAGUCGGAUAUUCAGGGGUUUAUCCAGACCCACCGGAAGGACUACCCAGCCGUUCUGGGGUUUUCUCUCCCGAAGUCUGAUACUGACUUCACAGAGGAGUAUUCCAGAACUCAGUAGCUUUGUUGCCCGAACCAACACUUGUGGAGAGUUGCGUUCAUCUCACUUAGGCCAAGAAGUCACCUUGUGUGGAUGGAUUCAGUACCGCAGGCAGAACAUCUUCCUGGUCCUAAGAGAUUUCCAUGGACUUGUCCAAGUUGUCAUUCCCCAGGAUGAGUCAGCUGCUUCUGUGAGGAGAAUUUUAUGUGAAGCACCUGUGGAAUCGGUGGUUCAAGUGUCUGGAACAGUAAUUUCCCGACCUCCAGGACAAGAGAAUCCAAAAAUGCCAACAGGUGAGAUUGAAAUCAAAGUUAAAACAGCUAAACUUCUGAACUCCUGCAAGAAGCUACCCUUUGAAAUUAAGGACUUUGUGAAGAAAACGGAGACUCUUCGUUUGCAGUAUCGCUACUUAGACUUGCGUGGUGCCCAAAUGCAAUAUAACCUGCGACUGAGGUCCCAGAUGGUCAUGAAAAUGCGGGAAUAUCUCUGUAAUCUGCAUGGGUUUGUGGAUAUAGAAACACCAACAUUGUUUAAGAGGACUCCAGGGGGUGCAAAAGAGUUUGUAGUACCAUCCAGGGAACCUGGAAAGUUUUAUUCUCUCCCUCAGAGUCCUCAGCAGUUUAAGCAGCUUCUAAUGGUUGGUGGUCUAGACAGAUAUUUUCAGAUUGCCCGUUGUUAUCGAGAUGAAGGUUCAAGACCAGACAGACAACCCGAGUUUACCCAGAUUGACAUAGAGAUGUCUUUUGUAGACCAGACUGGGAUUCAGAGUCUAAUUGAGGGUUUGCUCCAGUAUUCGUGGCCCAGUGACAAAGAUCCUGUGGUAGUUCCUUUUCCUUCUAUGACCUUUGCCGAGGCAUUGGCCAGCUAUGGAACUGAUAAACCUGACACUCGCUUUGGAAUGAAGAUUGUAGAUAUCAGUGAUAUGUUCAGAAGAACAGAGAUUGGUUAUCUUCAAGAUGUACUUAGUAAACCCCAAGGAACCAUCAAAGCCAUGUGUGUCCCUGAAGGAGCAAAAUACUUAAAAAGGAAAGACAUAGAGUCCAUUAGAAAAUUUGCAGCUGACCAUUUUAAUCAGGAAGUCUUACCUGUAUUCCUGAAAGCCAACAGAAACUGGAAUUCUCUACUUGCUAAAUUCAUAACGGAAGAGCAAGGAUUAGGACUAAUCCGACUACUGGAGAUCCAAGAGGAGGAUGUGGUCCUGGUAACUGCUGGAGAGCACAAGAAAGCAUGCUCUUUAUUGGGAAAAUUACGACUAGAAUGUGCUGAUCUUCUAGAAGCAAGAGGAGUGGUGCUUCGUGACCCAGCUCUGUUCUCUUUCCUUUGGGUGGUGGAUUUCCCCCUCUUCUUUCCCAAGGAGGAACAUCCUCAAGAGCUGGAGUCAGCCCACCACCCAUUUACUGCUCCCCAUCCCAGUGACAUCCACCUCCUCUACACUGAGCCCCAAAAGGAAGACGUGAAAUUGCUCUCCCAUCUGCUGCAGGCUUUAGAUUAUGGGGCGCCCCCUCAUGGAGGAAUUGCCUUAGGGUUAGACAGAUUGAUGUGCCUUGUCACGGGAGCACCAAGCAUCAGAGAUGUUAUAGCCUUCCCCAAAUCCUUCCGGGGGCAUGACCUCAUGAGCAAUGCCCCAGAUUCUAUCCCUCCUGAGGACCUGAAGCCCUAUCAUAUCCAGGUCUCUUGGCCAACAGAUUUAGCAAAAGAAAGCUCAUUGAGUCAUUCAUGCAAUCCAGAAAGUUGAUCCUUUGGGUUUUGACCUCUCUGCUUCUUCAAGGCUAAAAUCAGAUCCAGAGUUCAGCCACUGAUCUGACUUCACGUCUUUAGAUGGAAGGAAUCCGGGCCACAUUCUUCACCACAAUGAAGAAACAGAUAAAGGGUAUCCAAUGUUAACUUGGUAACAUUCAUUAAUUAGGAUUAUUUUAUUUAGGAUUUUUGAAGUGUCUUUUUACUUAGGAAAGUGUGAAAGGUGGCUCUUUGUUGGAGUAACAUAAUGACAUUGUGUUUUCUAAUCAUGUUUUUCAUGUCUGGGCAGUAGAUAGGUCUCUUAGGACAGAAGUAAUCAAACCCCAUGUGAAGUGUGGAAAAAUUCUUGCCCCUUUAGACUGAUGGAGGGCUCAGUUCAAUCAGCUGCAUCAAGAGAAUCCUAUAAAGUAAGCUGGAUAAUGACAUUUCAACUAUCAAUAUAAUAUAGUAAGAAGCAAAACGAUUUAAGGCAAAAAGAAAAUCACUGAAAUAAAUGUCGCAGAAUCUUAAUCAGUGCUUUACCUUGCCAGUUGUAUAAACCUCUUAGCCUCCCUGCCUGCCUGCUUAUAUGAAAUGUACAGUACUUGCUCUGGCUCCCUCAUAGGGCUCUUCUUGCUGGAAUCCUAGGAGACAAUAUAUGUGGAAGAUAAUGAGUGGGAAUGCUUUGAAAAACUAUAAAGCAUUACAUAAAUGUAAGAUAAUAUUAUCCAUCUGUAAACAGAUAUCUCUGUGUAUUUUACAUGUGUAUCCAUGUAUUCUGUAAUUCAAGAUUAAACAAAACUGCUAUCCGUUGUGAAAGGAAAACAGUAAUUUCAUUAA